AACUGAAAAAAUGAUAUGAUUGAAAAAUACAUAAUACAUAAAUACAUAAAUUUUUGUGAUAUAUUUUACAAUACUUUACAAAAGAUAAUAUUAUAAGAAAAAAAAGAGACCUAAAUACGAGAUUAUUCAAGGAAUGAACACAAGAUUUGUGAUCUUCACGACUUCUGUGACAAUCGAUGAUCAGAGAAGGGGAAAAAAGCAUCGUCCUUGCAUAUAGCUAGUAUCGGGUAUAUAAAAGCUGGCAAAGUGAAGGAACGCAGAUGUCAGUGGUUUCUAAAAUCCACCGAUAUCGUCGCGAGUGCUAAAGGGGAUGCCAUUUAAAGUGUUAUCGAGAGUGAUUGAUCUAUGGUGAUGAUGAUCACUUGGAAAAUUGUGCCUCAGUCGCUGAUUUUCUGGCUAAUGAUUCUUGGCACGUGGCAUUGCACCGGUGAAAAGUUAUCUCCCGAUCAAAAAGCACCUCUAUUUGCUCGAGGUUCUGGUGGACUGAUCUUGAAUACGCCCUUCGAGGACAAUAAAGCCAGGAAUCGUCCGAUCUCAAAUGUAAAUGCGCCGGUGGAUAACGUGCAAAAAGAGGAAACAGAAAUGCUGAAAUUAGUGAACGGUGAACUAGUGCGAACUGUAAAAGGAAACUUCUCUUACAAUAGCCCCGAAAAUCUUUUCAUUUCUGUUAAAUACGAGGCUGAUGAGAAUGGAAAUAGAGCCAGCUUUAAGUUUGGUACCGGCGCUGCAAAUAAUAAUCAUAAUAUUCCCUUUGAUUCUGGACAUAGACUGAGAGAUAAAAAUGGUUCUAAAUCUAAUUCGUACCUACCACCCACAACGAAAAACAAUGUUAAUAGAACGUAUCUACCACCACAAUAG